AUUUAUUUGUUUAUUUUUGUUAUUCUGAGUGUAAUGGCCAAUGCAUCUGGGUUUCUCACACCUUCGGUUCCGAGUUUGAAGACAAAGAUUCAGCCUUCAACAGGCAUUUCUCGAUCUGGGUUUUGCUUCUACAGGAGGGUAGUUUGCUCAAGUUCCAUUGAAGGUGCAGAGAAGCAUGUUUCCCCUUCUGAAUCUCGAAUCCCCAAGCUUGUCAGUAAAGGCUGUAAGUUAGUUGGCUCUGGAUCAGCAGUGCCAUCUCUUUCGGUUUCCAAUGACGAUCUUUCUAAAAUAGUCGAUACUUCUGAUGAAUGGAUCUCUGUUCGCACCGGUAUACAAAACCGACGGGUAAUUUCAGGAAAGGAAAGCUUGAAAAACCUAGCAGUAGAAGCGGCACGGAAAGCUCUUGAAAUGGCAGAUGCUGAUCCUAAUGAUCUUGACCUAAUCUUGAUGUGCACAUCUACUCCAGAAGAUAUUUUCGGAGCUGCUCCUCAGAUCCAAAGAGAGCUUGGCUGCAAGAAGUCUCCUUUAGCUUAUGACAUUACGGCUGCUUGUAGCGGAUUUGUGCUAGGUCUGGUCUCAGCUGCAUGUCACAUUAGGGGAGGUGGGUUUCGUAAUGUUUUGGUAAUUGGAGCUGAUGGUCUUUCUCGAUUUAUUGAUUGGACUGAUAGGGGAACAUGUAUCCUCUUCGGGGAUGCUGCGGGUGCUGUACUAGUUCAGGCCUGUGAUGCCGAGGAGGAUGGUUUAUUAAGCUUCGACAUGCAUAGUGAUGGUGAAGGUGGAAGUUGCAGACAUCUUGGCGCCCCCAUGAGUGAUGAUAAAACCAAAGAACUGUUGGGUUCCAAUGGUUCGGUGUUAGAUUUCCCUCCAAAAAGGUCCUCUUAUUCCUGCAUACAGAUGAAUGGCCAAGAAGUCUUUCGCUUCGCUGUCCGAUGUGUACCACAAUCACUCGAAUCUGCCUUUGAGAAAGCUGGUCUUGCUUCAUCCAGCGUUGACUGGUUGUUGCUCCAUCAGGCAAACCAGAGGAUUAUCGAUGCGGUCGCGACACGGUUAGAUUUCCCGCAGGAAAAAGUGAUUUCGAAUUUGGCGAAUUACGGUAAUACGAGCGCCGCAUCCAUUCCUUUGGCACUGGACGAAGCCGUUCGAAGCGGGAAGGUGAAGCCAGGCCAUACAAUCGCAACUGCGGGCUUCGGCGCAGGUCUAACUUGGGGUUCCGCAAUUAUUAGAUGGGGAUGAAAGGUACCCCUUCAGCAAAAUUAACCAUGUUUGGAAGAUCUUAUGAACAGCUCUAUCCAGUUCCAACAUUCUGAUCCAAAAAUACACAGAAAAUAGGAGUUUGGAAUCACAUCAGCUCCAUUAUUGUU